GGGAUAAAGCUCACCCGUGUGGUGUGUAGAAAAAACACAUUACUCAAAAUAUGGACUACAGAGAGCGCAAAUAUCAUUUCUAAUCAUUUCGUUCGAUGGCUACACGUAUUUUAUCUACCGAAAGUGAAGGACUUCAAUCAUAUACACACAACCAAGGGGGGCAUUAUUGGCUCCACCCCCCCACUGAGGAAUAUUUAAAUCCUUGAUUUCAGCAGACUGUGUUUCACUUCACUGUGUGUUUGGCUGUGCCCCAGACACACUACACACUGAACAUCAUCACACUCAGGACAAAACAAACCGGACAGUCUCCCGACCAUCCAACUGCAACCUGUCCAGACCAGGCAGUCACACAGCUGACCCUCAUCUGACUCUGACACUCAGCCUGGGGGGAAGGAGAAAAGAAGAGGCAUAUAAAGAACAAGAAAACGUGAAAGAACACAGGACCAGGAGAAUGAGCAGUACAAGAAGUCUAAUGCUGGCUGUGGUGAAAAUGAUCUUGUGGGUUGCUUUACUGAUGUCUCAGUGUUGUUUGGGUCUCAUUGGAGUUGCAGCAGGAAGCACAGGACUGGAGAGGAUAGAGAAAUGUGCCACCAGAUGUUCUCAGGGCCUUCACUGCAAGACAAAGCCAGGGUAUUUGUUUCCUCCUCCAUGUCAGAACCCUGCUGAAGGUCUCAAUACUUCCUCUGUGUUCCACAACAUCAGCCUCUCCACAGUCAUGAGGUGUGAGGGGAGGCAGAAGUGCUCACUACACCUCAGAAUCAAAACCAAGUUGCAACUUACUGAGUCCAUCCAUGGUGUGUCCAUCUGCACUGCCACUGCAGGAAUGAUGGCAAACUGCAGAGUCUUCAGCUUCACAAGAACGUCAAGAGAAAGAAUGUCUGGACUGCAGAAGGUGGAGGUUGAGAAUGAUUGCACUGACAUUUCUCCGAGCCAGCAAGUCAAAGUGACAGUGAAAACUUUGCCGAGCUACUGUGGCAUAACCUGGACAGGCACCUAUGAAGCUCCGGAAUGCAUCAGUGAAGACUUGCAAAGACAUGUCCCACAAUGCAUCACUGGGAGGCUGUCGUAUGAUGUAAACCCACAGAGGAAGGAGCUGAUUGUCAGUGUGUCAGACAUGCUUGAGGAUCACAACUACCACAUCCGACUGUGCCAUAAGAAUUUCAUCUGCGUUGGCACAGGGGCCAAUACACUGAUUAAGAAGGAGGAACCCGUAAAGAGCGCUACUCUAUCAUACUCCCGACCGUUGCCCUGCCUCUGCAUUGAGGGAUGGUCAGCGGUGAUGGAUGCUCCCAGAGUCCAGGUCUGCCCCUUCAAAGACCGUCUCGAGGAACUGUGGUUUGGAAUUACUUUUGACCCACUGGAGGAGAUGCUUUCAUGGGAGCCUGCCUGUCCAGUUACUGUGGUGGUUGCGCUGUGUGAUAAAAGAGAGGACGGCGUCUGCGUGGAUCUGACUCACACCUCCCAGAAUGUUAGCAGAGAAAAGAUAACCUUUACUAAAGUGGAUCCACACCCUCAGCUUUGUAUGAAGUUCACGACAGGCUCUCAGAACUGGAUCAGGUGUCCCUUUGCUGAUGCAAGAUUCCAAGCGUGGCAGGUGGUUGUGACGGAAAAACAAGGUCACGAAGAUGUGAAGAUGUUGUCACAGAUCCCUGCAACCUUUUCCAUGGGCCUGUGUGUGAGGUCUGAAGGAUCGUGCCAGAUCACUGAAACACACACCAUGCAUGUGGAGAAACAUGAAACUGUUGGCUUAAACCUGGCGGAGGAACUAUGUGACUCUUGUCUCCAGGUGAAAAGGCUCGAUGUGAAGUUUGCUGCCACAGUCAUUCACUGUUUUCAGCAAUGCAAUCCAUCAUUGCACUCCAGCCGAGCCCCUUGGGACUUGACCUGGGUCAUUGUACCAGCUGGUGUUUGUCUCUCUGGCAUCAUAAUUGUCACUCUGGUGCUUCAUGUACUGCUAACUGUGUAUCAGAGGAGGAAACAAAAAAGAAAUGGGGGCUGUAUCUUUGAAAAGCAAACAGAUCCUGCUUGUGAGUGUGAGCGCCCUGCAUUUCAAACUCAGCCUGUUCUCCACAGAGGGGUCCUCAUACCUGAUUCACCACAAUGUUGGAACACUGAGAGGGCCAACUUAAUCUCUGACUGACCAAAGAGUGUUGCUCCUGUCAAAAGCAUUUCUUGCAAUGUGCAUUAAAAGGCUGUAAAAAUGUUACACAAACCAAAUAAGUUCUCUGUUCAAUGCAGUAUACAAUGUUGGGACAGACAUUUCAAAUGUUAUGUAUGUUAUUGUAUAGGUAAUGGUUAUUAAGCUUGUUAUAGUUAUUGGUUGUUGUUUACGUAUGUAUUCUGUGUGGUUUUGUCUCUUUGGGUGAAUGAGUAUUAAGUUAAAGAUUCAUUCAGCUUGCAGCUAAACAGUCAGUUCUUAUUUCUAUUUUCAAUAAAAAAUGCAAAAUAUUAAAGAAAA